GGAGGCUCGCCUGUCGGUGAGAGUGGAGCGCUCCGCUACUGCCCAGCGUGCAAUGUAACACACACAUACACACACACACACAUACACAUACAUUAACAUCAGCAUCAGCGAGAGACCUCCGGGCACGAUCCAGAGCAUGGCUUCUCUUCUGCUUCUCUGCCUGCUGCCUGCAGUUGCUGCCGUGGAAGAGACCCUGUUGGACACUCGAAUAGCCACGGCUGAACUGGGUUGGACAGCAUUUCCUUCUACUGGGUGGGAAGAGGUGAGCGGCUACGAUGAGAAUCUUAACACGAUCCGUACCUACCAGGUGUGCAAUGUCUUUGAGUCCAACCAGAACAACUGGCUGUGGACCACCUUUGUUAACCGGCGUGGAGCCCAACGCAUUUACGUGGAGAUGAGGUUUACGGUGCGUGACUGCAGCAGCAUCCCAAAUGUCCCAGGCUCCUGUAAAGAAACAUUCAACCUGUAUUACUAUGAGACCGAUUCUGGACUGACCAUCAAAGGUGCUACCCUGUGGACAGAGAUGCCCUAUCUCAAAGUGGACACCAUCGCUGCCGAUGAGAGCUUCUCCCAGGUUGACUUUGGUGGCAGGCUGAUGAAGGUCAACACAGAGAUCCGUAGCUUUGGACCACUGAGCAGGAAUGGAUUUUAUUUGGCAUUCCAGGACUAUGGCGCCUGCAUGUCCUUGCUCUCUGUUCGUGUCUUUUUCAAGACGUGUCCAAGUAUCAUUCAGAACUAUGCUACCUUUGCAGAGACCAUGACGGGCACAGAGAGCACCUCGCUGGUCAUUGCCAAGGGCACCUGUGUGCAGAACGCUGAGGAAGUCGACGUGCCCAUCAAGCUGUACUGUAACGGGGACGGAGAAUGGAUGGUGCCUAUUGGCAGCUGCACCUGCAAGGCAGGGUACGAGCCAGAAAAGACCACGUCGUGCAGAGCGUGCCAUUCUGGGACAUUUAAAGCAAACCAAGGCAGUGAGCUGUGCAUCCCUUGCCCUGCCAACAGCAGGUCUUUGAAUGAGGCAUCCAGCGUGUGUUUAUGUCGUAACGGAUAUUAUCGAGCGGCCUUCGACUUGCCUGCAAUGUCUUGUACAAGUGUUCCAUCCGGCCCACGGAAUGUGAUCUCCAGCGUGAACGAGACGUCCAUUAUCCUUGAGUGGCACCCGCCACGUGAUGUUGGCGGGCGUGACGACGUCAUGUACAACAUUGUCUGCAAGAAGUGCCACAACAACCGCAAGUUGUGCACCCGCUGUGACGAGAAUGUGGAGUUUGUGCCACGGCAGUACGGCCUGACCGAAACCAGAGUGUUCAUCAGCAGUCUGUGGGCCCACACGCCCUACACCUUUGAGAUUCAGGCCGUCAACGGAGUCUCGGGCAAGAGUACAUUUUCACCACAGCAUGUGUCGGUCAAUGUGACCACCAAUCAGGCGGCUCCUUCCACGGUUCCCAUCAUGCAUCAAGUGGGCUCCACAAUGAGCAGUAUCACCUUAUCCUGGCCACAGCCUGAUCAACCAAAUGGGAUCAUUUUGGACUAUGAACUACGAUACUAUGAAAAGGAUCAGAACGAGUUCAAUUCCUCAAUGGUGAAGAGCCUGACAAACACAGCUCGGAUUGAGGGCCUCCGGCCUGGAGUGGUGUACGUGGUGCAGGUGCGAGCCCGGACAGUCGCCGGCUUCGGGAGAUACAGCGGCAAAAUGUGUUUCCAAACACUGACAGAUGAUGACUACAAGUCUGACCUGAGGGAACAGUUGCCGCUGAUCGCAGGCUCAGCAGCUGCGGGAGUGGUCUUCAUUGUCUCGCUGGUGGCCGUCUCCAUCAUCUGCAGCAGGAAACGCGCUUAUGGAAAAGAGGCUGUGUACAGCGACAAACUCCAACAUUACAGCACUGGGCGAGGUUCUCCUGGGAUGAAGAUCUACAUUGAUCCAUUCACUUACGAGGACCCAAAUGAGGCAGUACGAGAGUUUGCCAAGGAGAUUGAUGUCUCGUGUGUGAAAAUUGAAGAAGUAAUUGGAGCAGGAGAAUUCGGGGAAGUGUAUAAGGGCCGCCUCAAGCUGUCAGCAAAGCGGGAAAUCUAUGCAGCGAUUAAAACCCUGAAGGCCGCCUACUCUGAGAAGCAACGGCGGGAUUUUCUGAGCGAGGCUAGCAUCAUGGGGCAGUUUGACCAUCCAAACAUUAUCCGCUUGGAAGGAGUGGUCACCAAAAGCCGACCGGUGAUGAUCAUCACAGAGUUCAUGGAGAAUGGAGCACUCGAUUCCUUCCUAAGGCAAAACGACGGGCAGUUCACGGUGAUCCAGCUGGUGGGGAUGAUGCGGGGCAUUGCUGCAGGGAUGAAGUACCUGUCGGAGAUGAAUUACGUGCACCGGGACCUGGCUGCACGCAACAUCCUGGUCAACAGCAACCUGGUGUGCAAAGUGUCGGACUUCGGCCUGUCUCGCUACCUCCAGGAUGACACCUCGGACCCCACCUACACCAGCUCUCUGGGCGGGAAGAUCCCUGUGCGAUGGACUGCACCGGAGGCGAUUGCGUACCGCAAGUUCACCUCAGCCAGCGAUGUGUGGAGUUAUGGAAUUGUCAUGUGGGAAGUGAUGUCGUUUGGAGAGAGACCCUACUGGGACAUGUCGAAUCAAGAUGUCAUCAAUGCCAUCGAUCAGGACUAUCGUCUCCCACCACCCAUGGAUUGUCCGGCUGCCCUGCACCAGCUGAUGCUGGACUGUUGGCAGAAAGACCGUAAUUCCAGGCCUAAGUUUGCCCAGAAUGUCAACACCUUGGACAAAAUGAUACGGAACCCAGCCAGCCUCAAAACACUGGCCACCAUUACCACAGUGCCUUCUCAGCCCCUGUUGGAUCGUAGCAUUCCUGACUUCACUGCUUUUACCUCAGUAGAAGAUUGGCUCAGUGCAAUCAAGAUGAGUCAGUACAGAGAUAAUUUCCUCAACUCCGGAUUCACCUCACUCCAGUUAACAACACAGAUGACUUCAGAGGAUUUGCUAAGGAUAGGGGUCACUUUGGCCGGUCACCAGAAGAAAAUUUUGAACAGCAUUCAGUCAAUGAGAGGACAGAUCAGCCAAUCUACUUCGGCCAUGGCAUGACGACGGGGGAAUCAAGGGUAUCUUCCAGAAUCAAGGGACAUGAUUGAGCAGCACCAGAGGAAAGCAAAACAAAGACCCAGACUAUUUCUCAUGGCCCCGGACCAUUCUUAUGAAGGAAACACGUUGUCACUGUCUACCAGACUGAUCCUCGGCCUACUCCAAAACCAUGCAUUCCUGUCCACAAAACAGUACAGAUUCCAGAUUUAACUGGACAAUCUUUUUUUUUAAAAAAGAAUUAAAAAACUCUUCACGAAAUAAGGGCCUGUGAAACUGGAAUCGAGGAAGUAUCCCAAUUUUCCAAAGAACAUCCUGUGCUAUUUCUUUGAUGUUUGUUAGAUGCGUUUCUUUAUUUUCAUGAAUGAUUUUCUUCAGAUGUUGGUGCCAAUAAUAGACUGCCCCCUUCCCUGAAAUGGAUUCUAAGUCCUUUAUAUCUUCAUAUUGAAGAUGACGAGAAGUAAUCAUUCUUUGCUUGCAUUUUCUGCAACUAUGUCUGUGUUUUGAUAGCAAUGACACUAAAUGCUGCCAAAUCUUGAGCCAUCCGCACUUGUACAAAAGGGAAGUAGGUAUUUAUCAUGUGAUCCACAUGCAGCUGGCAGGUCUUGCUGAUCAGAUUCCUUGUUGGCUGUUUUUGAAUGACUGUACAGAAAAGAUGUGAAUCUUUGCAAGCGGUACAAGCGACAGACCUGCUGAACUUGCUUGGCAAGAGAGGUGUUGUUGGACAGCGAAAUGAAGUACCUCUGGUGUUACAUUGCACCUCUCUUCAAUGGACUUUUUAAUUUGUGUGUCAGUACUUGUUGGAAUUAGUGAUGUCCGUUUAACCCAGUCUUCAGAGCGUUGCUGCAUCAACUUGCUGGGUAAAGGCAUGAGAGCCAGUGGAAGGAGGUGGGAGUCGUUUAUCGAGGAACACACAGCCCAUGGGAUAAACAGUAUCCACAGCCCAAGGUUGUAUCUGAACGGCCCAACUUCCUUUCUUACUCCAUGACUUUUACACAUUUGCUCCCUCAAAUCGCACGGGCAUGUUGCGAGCAGCACCCUGUAAAUAUGGAAUGAAAUUCUGUAAAAUAUUAUUUUUUUGCUUUGCUUUCCCUGUACAUUCCCAGUUUGUUAUUUGUGUGAAGUAUGUUUAAGUUUGUAACAGUUAAGUUUUGGAAAGUAUUGUACUAAAUGCACUCAAUAAAAAAUGAAUCAACUGAU